AUGAACCUGAGGACAUACCUCACUUUCAAUGAGCACCACUCUAGAAUGUAAGUGAAACACAGCUUUCUUGGAAUAUAGGACUUGGAAAUCCAAAGCUGAAGCAAGCUUGUUUUCUUCUUCUCCAAAGCGUAGGAUCCGAACAUAUGGAUUUAAGUUACAAGAAAUGAGAUUCUGACUAAAUAUCAGGAAGAAUUUUCUGAGGGUAAGAGCUGUUCGACAGUUGGACAGACCCUCUUGGAAGAUAGUGGACUCCCCUUCAUUAGAUGUUUUUAAGCAGAGAUUGGAUGGCCAUCUGUCAUGGAGGCUUUAGUUGAGAUUCCUACACUGAAAGGGGUUGGACUAGGUGUCCCUCAGGGUCCCUAUUCUACAGAAUCAAUUUUAUUAUUCUGCAGGGAACAACAAAAGGAAUAACUUGCACCAUUUUGAACAUGCCUUCCCCCUGAAUUUAUGAUCUGGCUCCUGUGUUCAUCAUCUGAGGCUCUUCUCCAUGUGAUCUCCUCCAAGUGAGGUGUGAAGGGUUGCAAGAUGAGAACCUACAUUUUCAGUGGUGGCUUCCCGUUUGUGAAAUGCUUUCCCCAGGGAGGCGUGUCUGGCAGGAUCACUUUCUGUUUUUAGGUGCUGGGCAAAAAAUAAAAAUUGCCCAGGCUUUUGGCCAUUAAUUUAAAGGACACUUAAGUAUAUUUGCAGCCACUUCUUUUGCACAUCUAUUUAUUGGAGUGGGUUGAAUUGAAUCUGCCCUUUUAUACAUAUUACCUAUAAGCAUUUUAGCUUGUUUUUUUGCUCAUUUUUAUACUUGGUUUUAAUGUUUGUCUUGUACGUUGCUUCAGGUUACUUUUGUGAAAAAAGUUAAAUUAUUAUUAUUGUUCCUGGAAAAUGAUUCACCUUUCGUUUGUAAAAGGGCCAACUAGAAGCUUUUCCCCAGUGCUUUUGCUUGUUUAUGUUUGGGGUGUAGUUAACUCUUAAUUUUUCUAAAUUACCGCACUACUUCUGACAUGUGUAUGUCAAGUUACAUAUCUGGUCACUGUAGCAGCUUUUGUCAUUUGUGGGGUGAGAGCAAAAAGUAAAUGAAGGAUCCAAUCUUUCAGCUUAAGUGCCAUGUUCCCUGUAGCAAGGUCAAUGUUGUCAUCUGAGAGCAGCAACUCAAACCAAAGAAUUGGUCAUAAAACUAGAUGUUGGAAGAGCUUGACUUGCUAAGGACACCCCAGAAUCACUGGGUCCUGAGAAUAUUUCUAUCAAGCACUCUAUCUAUGCUUUUGACGUAUUAGUCAAACAGUCACAGGAACAUUGGAAACUGCCUUAUGUUGACUAUGUUGACCACCUAGCUGCAUUGACUAGCAAAGGCUUUCUAGGGUUUCAGGCAAUAGUCUCUCUGGGCCCUACCUGAAUAUGAUGGAGACUGAACCUGCUUGGAACGUGUGUGCUCUACCACUCACCUUUGAUAAAUUUGCUCUGCCCUUCAAAGGGCUUGUCAACAAUGCUUCAGCUGGGUCCAACCUCAUAAAGAUUCGUAAAACAUAGCUACCACUACCAUGGGUUUCAUCCACUGGAAAUCUUGCAAUUAUGUGCAUAUAAAUACACAUAUAGACUUGCAACUCUACACAAGUAGAAAUGUCAUUGAAUAACAAUACACAAUCACUUAACAGAGUAGUUAUCAUACCUCAGUAAAUUGGUGCAAUCUUGCCUGUUCUUUGACUGUGUGUUAUUUCUGAUUAGUUUACUGUGAUGCAUAAAACGAGUUAUACCAUAUCUGGCUAGCUUGGAUGACUGGGUUUUGUCUUGGGUCUGCUGCAUCUGAUCAGGAUGACAUUAUCAUGGCAACCUUUAGGAUGUCACCACAUGGCAUCAUCACUUUGAACGCACAAUAGUUCAAUGGUAUCCACCCACAGCUGUUGUUGAUGCAUUUUGCUCUGAGAUCGGCACUAACCUUCCUGUUUUCUUCGACAGCUUUUCCAAGAUUUUUGCAAGCAGUAUUUUAGAAGCCUUGGAUUACGCAGAACCAAUCUGUCUGAGGAACAGUCACAUCUACUGCUUUGUAUUUUUUACCGAAGCUUCUGGCUUCUGCCAGGUGAAAUUGCUGAUCUUCCAACAGCUUACAAGAAGAAGGUAAGGUUUAUUUUACUGGAAGUCUAUUUAAUUGAAACUGGAAUAAUCUGGUAAUGUUUCCUUCUUAAUUAUUUGUUGUUACACCACAGAAUGCAGAGAAAUAAGUGUUCAUUUCCCCCCCAUCUCUAUUUCCAAUUGUCUAUAGUCAGGAUGUGCUAAUAACCACUUUCCCCCAUACUUUACCCUAACAAUAAUUAUCACUGUAAUAAUUAUGAUGAGGAACACACACACACACACACACCAACUUUCAACAAUUAUUUUUUUAAAAAACAUUCACAAUAUUUAAAAAAGGAACAUAAAAGACUACCUUACACUAGGUCAGAUGAUUUGUCCAUCUGAUUGUCUAUUCAACUCUAAUGACCAAUCUUUUCUCAUUUUAACCCUAAAGUGGAUUAAUUCCUUUUUUAUUGUUAUUGCUGGGCACUUUUCUAAAGACUUUCUUCAGGACUACAAUUCUAGAACUAUUUCCAUUACUAAGAACUUUCACAUUCUCAGAUGCAAACCUGCCUGACUGUCUUGAAGACAAUCAAGUACCUUCAGAACUACCUUUUCAUUUAUUUAUUUUACUAUUUAUUAAAUUUUCCACCCUUCACCUGAGGAUCACAGAGUGGUUUACAAUAUACAAACACAAAAAUGCCCACCGUAGUAACAAACAAACAAAAAUAAUUCCCACAAACCUACCUGUCCAAUAAUCUGAGAGACGGUAUGGUGGAGUUGCUAUAGUGGCAGACUAGGACCCAGAGUCCUGGGUUCAGAUCCAUACUCACUCAUGAAGCUCACUGGGUGAUCUUGGGUGAGUCUUUUAGAGCCUAACCUACCUUAUGGGCCAGCAUUCAACUACCUUGUCCCACCAGCACAAGUAUUAUUUUGCACAAUGGAACUUCCCCCUCUCCCCAUGCAUGCCCGGUGGCCUCGCCAAACCUGUUCCAGAGGAUUAGGGGGAGGGAGCCCCUAGAACAGAUUUAGGGGGUGCAGAGGGGGAGGAGAGGGGGGAAAUGUUCCAUUGCACAAGCAGAAAUCCUUGUGUUGACAGAAUGUUCAUUAGCACUACAUUGGAUUCUGCACAGGGUUGUUGUGAGGAUAAGCAGGCGUGGUGGAGGUGAUGGGAGAAACAUGUUCACUUCCCUAAGCUACUUAGAGGAAGAGUAGGAAAUUGAAUGGAGAUAGCUGGCUUCCUUAAAGCCACAAUUUAGUCUUAUUGUUUAUGAGAGAUGAGAAGAAUCCAAUGCAUUCAUAACAAAUGAAAACACACUUAUAUAUCAGACAGCAAUGAUUUAUUGUUAAAACACUCAAUAAAAGCCUUCGAGUUCCUUGUAAACAGCUGGGCCUUGUCCUUUUUCUUUUACUCUUAACCAUGGGUAGGCAAACUAAGGCCCGGGGACCGGAUCCAGUCCAAUUGCCUUCUAAAUCUGGCCCACGGACGGUCCGGGAAUCAGUGUGUUUUUACAUGAGUAGAAUGUGUCCUUUUAUUUAAAAUGCAUCUCUGGGUUAUUUGUGGGGCAUAGGAAUUCGUUCAUUUUUUCCCCUUCAAAAUAUAGUCCGGCCCCCCACUUUAGAUUAAGUUUAUGACUAGUUCACACUGACACAUGGAUCAGAACCAUCUGGGGUCAAUAAGACUUUCUGAAUGGCUUUGCAUUAUGUUUCAGACUCAAAGGCUGCUUUGUCAUAUUUCCUUAAUCCUUAUUUGCACUUACUGGCCCUUUAGCUGUUGUACCAUGAUAUCACCCGCUAAUCAAGUGCUAUUUCCUCCCGCCGCAGGAAUCCAGUUAGCUCUGGAAACAAUGCCAAAUCGCUGCUCUGGAACCUUGAUUGUUUCCCUUCAGUUUCAGGUGAGUCAAUUGCUCUGGGACUGAUUUUAAACUUCUAUGGAUUAAGUAAGCAUAUAGCUCAUUUGUAUAUUAGCAAUGCAAUCUGAUCCAUGUUUUUGCAUGCUUCCAAAAGCAAACUGUGCAUUCAUAUAAAUGGCCAGCAUGCUGGUGCACAUUGCUUAGCAGUUUCUGGGGUGCUCCUCCCCUGCUGCUGUGCCGUGGACAAAACAAAAUGUCUUGUCAUGUUGUUGAAAUCCAGACUCAUGGUUUAUUUCUUCCAAACUGAGUGGUAGCCAAAGUUGGUUCUUGGUUUACCACUUGUGGUUUGUUUGGAGAAACAAGUCACAAGCCUGGGUUCAGACAGCCCAACAAACCAGACUUGAGCUUCUUUCAUCUAUAGCAUGAUGGUAGCAAGCGCAGGAAUGCCACUGGAACUUUUGAGCAGGGUUCUACACGAGUAUAGUUGGCUUUAAAUUAUUGUUUGAUGUGAUGUUUGAACUGUGAAUUGUGUUUGAGGCCACAGAGUGGAAACAAGUUGUGAUAGAACACUCUAAAUGACUUCCAUGAAUAUGGGACUUGGAACUGCCCAGUUCAGAUGUUUGUCAGUCCUGGUUCUGGCAGGUUAAAGAGAUAUGUGAAGUUAUAAAACUCCACCACUUUUAAAGCUGCUGGUUUUUAUUGUGCCAUUCUUGCCUUUAUUUAUUUUGAAAACAGUGCUUGUGGAGAAAGAAGCAUUCCCUUUGGCAAACCCUACUCUCUUUGGGAGAUGGUAGUGUUUGUGCCAAAACUAUUUUCUAAGCUCUACCUGAAAGCAAAUGAAAACUAGUCCAGAUCUUUAUGUCCUUCCCAGAACUUUGAUGUAGAAAAAUAACAUUUGGAAAGAGAAUGAAUUGUAUUCUUCGUUGUGUAACCAGCAUAGCUCUUUCAGUUGAGCUUAUCUGGUUUAUAUUAAUGAAAAGCUGAACUUGUUCCAUUUAAAUGGAAUAUUUUAAGUAAAUAUUUUUCCCUUUGCAAAAGAGCCCUGAGAGCUAAAGUUUCUGCCUCUGUCUUUAAAAUUAAGAAGUAGUUAAAAAGAGUGAGAGAGAAUCUCUAAAACUUUGGGGGUUGUGUAUGUGGGGGUCUGUUCUUCAUUAGAAAAUAAUUUCAAUUAAGCUGCCAUCCUAAAACAGAUUUAUCAAGGAGUAAUCCCUGUUAAACUUACUUCUGAGUAAACAUGCAUAAGAUUGCACUGCACGGCCCCUAAAAAUAAUAGAGAGUGUUUAAUGCACUCUGUGUGAAAUCUGACCAGAGCCAAGAAGACCAAAUACAUAACGGUAUCUAUUGUGCAUAAUGUAACACCUUGACAUCUGACAUCUGUAAAGUAUUCUGCUCAAAGACUCAAGCCCUCACUAAUGUAAAUGCUAAAAUUUCAAUUCGACAUUCAAGGACCCCGUGCUUAUUUACAUCAUCAAAGAUUUAUGAUUAACACUCUUCAAAACUGUGAUAGCUCAACAGAAUAUAAUAAGACAUUUAUUAUUUCAGACUCCUGGCUUUUAAUUUUGAUUUGGCAACCAUAUUCGGGGCUAAUAAGCUUUAACGAUGCUUUCAAAGUGAGCUGGUCGUCUGUGGGUCCCUGUUACAGUUUUGGGGGCUUCAAAAGGUUGAGUCCAGAUCCAGAAGUGGAGCUGGAUUGACAGUUUGUCAUUUCUUAUAACACAGAUGCUUCCCACUUACCUGUUCUGUGAGCAGGCUGUCUCUCAUCUAGGAUCCAGGGUCUCACUGCGUAUGUGCGCUUCUAUUAAGCUAUGGACAGAGUUCCUGAUUAGGCACAGUCUGACAGGCCAAAGAAAUGUCAUGGCUCAAGGACCUAGGACAAAUCUGGCAGGGGCAAAUGGAUCUGACACCACACAUUUGCAGCUAUAUUUUGUAGGCUUUCUAUGCUGCUAGCGCAGAACUGGCUAGAAUCACUUCCCCAGACUUAAGUCUCUCUUUUGAAUGUAAUGCAGUGAGAAGUGCUGGGAAAAGCUUUGAAAAGUUGUACCUUUCCCCACUUCUUUUUUGUUCUCUCCCUCCUCUGGGCAGGGAUAGUGUGAAGUUACUCAUGGACAGCAGGGGGGGAAGAAUCAAAUCUGAACUGAGCUUCCUGCAAAGCUCUAAAAAGGGGAGAGCUCUGUGCCUUGAGAGUCCUUCCUAGAUCAUAUGGGGGGAAAAUAUUCUUCAUGUGAGUAAAAUGCCUCACAAUCGUCCCAGGAACCCGACUCCAGUUCCAGAGGUGA